AUUCUCUCUCUCUCUCUCUCUCUCCCUCUAGCUCGCAGGACAGGGGGAAGCAGCAAAGCAAGCUCGCAAAACUCUCUCUCUCUCUCUCUCUCUCUCCUCAGAUGUGGAUGUAGAGUAGGCGAAUACUAAGAUGGAGUACUAUUAUGAAUCAAUAACGAACGCAGGAAACGAGCACAGCAGUGUGGUUCCGAUUACAGUGUUCGUGGCCGUUCUCUGCCUCUGUUUGAUCAUCGGCCACUUGCUCGAAGAAAACCGCUGGCUUAACGAAUCCAUCACUGCUAUUUUCAUCGGAUGCCUUAGUGGUAUAGUUAUCUUGUUGGUAAGCAAGUGGAGAAGUUCUCACAUCCUAAGAUUUGAUGAAGAACUCUUCUUUAUAUAUCUCCUUCCACCAAUAGUAUUUAAUGCCGGAUUUCAGGUCAAGAAGAAACAGUUCUUCCAUAACUUCUUAACCAUCCUGCUGUUUGGAGUCGUAGGUGUUUUCAUAUCAUCCGUCAUUAUCACAGCUGGCAGCCGGUGGUUGUUCCCUAGGUUCGGAUUUGUUGGUUUGACUCCUCGUGACUAUCUUGCGAUUGGAACAAUAUUUUCCUCAACGGAUACAGUGUGUACGCUGCAGGUUCUACAUCAAGAUGAGACUCCGUUGCUCUACAGUCUAGUAUUUGGGGAAGGAGUGGUGAAUGAUGCAACAACCGUUGUUCUCUUCAAUGCAGUUCAGAAGCUUGACGUAUCUAGACUUGAUGCCUUGGCAGCUGCUCAUGUCUUUGGAGAUUUCUUGUACUUGUUCUCCACUAGCACUAUUCUUGGAGUUGGUGCAGGGCUUUUAACAUCAUACGUCCUGAAGGGCUUGUACUUUGGCAAACACUCAAGUGUUCGUGAAAUUGCUUUAAUGAUGUUGAUGCCAUAUCUGUCGUACAUGUUGGCUGAGUUGUUGCAUCUUAGUGGGAUUCUGGCUGUCUUCUUCUGUGGGAUUGUGAUGUCUCAUUAUUCAUGGCACAAUAUAACUGAGACUUCAAGAAUUACAACUAGGCAUGUAUUUGCCGCGAUGUCGUUUAUAGCAGAAACUUUCAUUUUCCUCUACGUGGGAAUGGAUGCGCUGGACAUCGAAAAAUGGAAGAUGAGCAAGUUGAGGUUUGGGACUUCGUUGGGCAUUUGCAGUACUUUGAUGCUUCUGAUUUGUCUUGGGCGCGCAGCCUUUGUGUUUCCCCUCUCUGCUCUUUCCAAUUACAUGAACCGAAACGCUGGCACUUCAUCAUCAACAAUCACAUUCAAACAUCAGGUAGUAAUAUGGUGGGCUGGUCUUAUGAGAGGGGCAGUCUCUAUUGCUUUGGCGUUCAAACAGUUUACAUACUCAGGUGUUACAUCAGAUCCAAUUAAUGCGACCAUGGUUACCAUCACGAUUAUCAUUGUUCUCUUCAGUACAAUAGUUUUUGGUAUGCUCACAAAGCCACUCAUAAACUGCUUGCUUCCCCGACAUCCGCAUGAUAGCAUUCUUCACCGGGAACCCACGUCUGCAAAAGAGGACCUAACCCUUCCAUUGCUUUCCUUUGAUGAAUCCACCGCAACUAAUAUUGCCCGCGCAAAGGAAAGUUUCUCAAUGCUAAUGGAAAGUCCUGUGUACACAAUCCACUACUAUUGGAGGAAGUUCGAUGAUUGUUACAUGCGACCAAUAUUUGGUGGCCCCCGCAGCAACAGGUCUUAAUAAACUAUGCAACUCUCAUUUGGUGGCUGACAAGGUUAACUUAUAUGUGCAGUGGAUGUUGGGUGGUUUAUGACUCCAGGAGGAGUUGUAACUUGGAUUUCGCGAAUGGAGAUUGUAAUGUGAAUGUGCCGUGAUUAUUUCUUGCUCAUUUUCUGUGAAUCUGCUCUCUGGUAGUAUCACAUAGCUUCCAACUGUUGCCUGAACUAGCUAGCUCAUCAAGCAGGGAAGCAGGGGAACCUAUUGUUGCUAAGUUGAGUUUAGUUAAACAGAAUGUACCAUUUAAAGGUCAAAAACUGCAUGCGGAUUGGAUUGUUUUGAUAUAUAUUUAUACAAUCCCCUUUUUAGCGCUCUUGUUAUGGUAUAUUUGCAAAUUGUGGAUCG